AUGUCCACUCCUGAUAUUGGCAGACUGGAUCUCUCCGACUCGGAUCCCGAAGACCUGUUCGCUUCCCCCUCCAAAGUCUCGAAGCCGCAGAAAGCCCACGCUAAGACGGAAAGUUCAGGCGCAAACGCAGGAGCACAGCGGAAUGGGGAAAGUAAAUAUGAUGCAGAGGCUACGAGGGAGGCGAAUUUGAGGAAAGAGUUGGAGAGUGUGAGGAAUAUUAAUGAGGUGAUUGAGGGUGUAUUGUCGAGUUUGGAAUCUGCGAAAGGAAAUAUGGAAACAGUCUCUCGAACUGUUACCUCAUCAUCUACACUACUGAAUACCUGGAUACGGAUAUUGUCGCAGACGGAGCAUAACCAGAGACUAAUACUAAAUCCCAAUUGGAAUGGCGCAAGUCAGGAUAUUGCAGAUAUGGAGAAUGAGACAGUAUUGAAGGCACAGGCCGCACAAAGACGAGCAGCCGAAGAAGAAAGGAGGAGAGAGGCUGCAAGACAACGGGCAGAAGAUGAAGAGCGGCAGCGUCAAGUUGGUACGCCUGCCCCGCGUGGUAGUCGGGGAACAAGAGGUCGUGGUAGAGGGGUAGGAAGGGCGCCUAGCAGUGGUUAUGGAAGUAGUGGUUAUACUGCGGGAGGACCAAGUUCGAUAGGAGGAUCUCGCGGAACGACACAGCCUACGCGUCCUAGCAGUGGAAUAGGGAGAGGAAUAGGAAGCGUGAGGGGGAGAAGAGCUCCAAAAUGA